AUGGCCAGCAGCCUUGCCACGGCUCCACCCCUACCAGCUGUGGUGAUCUCCAGGCCUCCCCCAGCACUGGGUGGGGACCAGCUCAGGAUCUUAACCCUUCUGGUGCUGCUGACUUCCACAGCUACCCUCAGUGCUGCCCACAUCCCUGUGCCCCCAGACUGCGGGAAGCCUCAGCAGCUGAACCGGGUCGUGGGUGGUGAGGACAGCAUGGAUGCCCAGUGGCCCUGGAUUGUUAGCAUCCUCAAGAAUGGUUCCCACCACUGUGCAGGCUCCUUGCUCACCAACCGCUGGGUGGUCACGGCUGCCCACUGCUUCAAGAGCAGCGUGGACAAGCCGUCUCUGUUCUCAGUAUUGUUGGGGGCCUGGCAGUUGGGAAACCCAGGCCCAAGGUCCCAGCAAGUGGGGAUUGCUUGGGUGCUGCCCCACCCCAGGUAUUCUUGGAAGGAGGGAACCCGUGCAGACAUUGCCCUCGUGCGUCUGGAACACUCCAUCCAGUUCUCUGAGCGGAUCCUGCCCAUCUGCCUGCCUGACUCCUCUGUCCGGCUCCCUCCCAACACUGACUGCUGGAUUGCAGGCUGGGGAAGCAUCCGUGACGGAGUGCCCCUGCCCGAACCUCAGACCCUUCAGAAGCUGAAGGUGCCCAUCAUCGACUCAGAAAUCUGCAAACGCUUAUACUGGCGGGGUGCCGGGCAGGAAGCCAUCACUGAGGACAUGCUGUGUGCUGGUUACCUGGAAGGGGAGCGGGAUGCUUGUCUGGGCGAUUCUGGGGGUCCUCUGAUGUGCCAGGUGGAUGGCUCCUGGCUACUAACUGGCAUCAUCAGCUGGGGAGAGGGCUGUGCGGAGCGCAACCGGCCCGGCGUCUACACCAGCCUGCUGGCUCACCGCUUCUGGGUGCAGAGGAUUGUGCAAGGAGUGCAGCUGCGCGGGCGCUUGGCGAGCAAAGGGGACCCCGGGAGCGCCUAAGCUGGGAUCUGGAGAUGAACAGCCUCUAGGCGGUCUCUGCUGUAAAUAUGUUUUCUACCUCCG